AUCUUGAAGGUAUCUUAGCAUUGACAAGAUUUUCUAGAUAAAUUAACUGCUGUAUUUAACAAAGGGUAGAUUAGAUGUGAGGAUCCAUUUAUCAUUUCUCAUUGCAGGACAAAUGAUCAUCACCUCCGGGCAGUUGCUGCGAGCCUGGUUCAGGGAGCAUACAAAAUCUAGAUAAAGACCUUAAAUAAAUUUUAGCUUCGUGUGGAAUAGGUUUCUUUAUGUACCAAGUCUUACUUCUUGUCUAUAUAUUCUAUUCGACUUUUGAGCGUGUAGACUAUUCAGCCAAGGGAACAACGUGCAAUCUAGCUAUCAUUCACCCAGAGGAAAAACGUGCUAGGACCCACUUAUUAAUAAGUCUAUAGCAGCCAUUCUUGAAUGGCUUACUUGCUCCCUCAACCCCAUGAGAGGAUUCGGAGGUUUGAACUAUUGAAAUUUAAAAUUAUUUUUGGUUUCAUAUAUAUUUUGAGUAAAAAUUUCCAAGAGCUCUUUUAGCAUUGAUUUUUAAACAAUUUUCAAGUACUUAAAUUGAGGGACUGGUUCAUCAAUGAGCUUUUUUGCGGUUGUUUUUUUUAUUUUUAUUUGUUUAUGAUUUUUUGCAAUUUCAUUUAAACUCUUAUUUAACUUCACUUUUGGGCAUGCAGAUUGGCUUUGCUCUUGGAAAAUGAUAUAAGUUAGAAAUCAUUCAGCCUAGGGAACAACAUGCAAGACUAAUAUUUAUAUUGCAUUAAUUUCUAAGAAAUUUUCUCCAAGCAUUUAGAUAAGGAUUUAUGGGGUAAUUUCUUAGCCCACCCAUCCCCUCAAAGCUUUCUACAACUGGCAUCCUCAACCCUCAGCUCAUCUCCAAAGCGGUAAUUUCUUCAUUCUCCUCCUCCAUCGCUCUCCAUUCGAGACUACACAGUUGGAAAGACGCUUCACUUUCAAUCGACAUUGUUGAUAUGAUUGAAGAUUUUUGUGGGUGAACGUCUAGAUAUGAGUUUUCUCCAAAUCAAGGAUACAUAUAUUUCCUUUCAAGAAUGGAAGGAAGAGGGCAGUAUAAGUACACAAUCACUAAUGUCUGUUCAAAGGGAAGAUUUUGAACACACGGGACCGAAACAGCUCACUGAUGUUGACUGGGCAAAUGAUCAUCACCUCCGGGCAGUUGCUGCGAGCCUGGUUCAGGGAGCAUACAAUUUAGAAUUUGAUCGCCAGGAUUCCCAAGAUCCCCAAGGCCGUUGGUGGCACUUCUUUCAUUUUGAGUUAAAACAUAAGCUCAUAGAUGAUAAAGAUUCAUCCAUCUACGGUGUCGUGUAUGAAAUCAAGUGCACAUACCCUAACCAUUUGCCAGAAUCUACCCCAAAGUUUGUUAUUGCCUUUCGUGGGACAAUCAUCAGCACCAAGAGCCGGGACAUGAAGUUGAAUAUGAAGGUCUUCGCUGGUAAACUUCACAAGGACAAGCCCCGAUUUAAACACGCGCUGGAAGCUGUCAAAGCAGUUGUUCAAGAAGCCUGGCCUGCAAAUAUUUGGUUAGUAGGGCAUUCCCUGGGGGCAUCCAUUGCGAUGCUGGUUGGAAAAUCCAUGGCCCAGGAGGGUAAGAAUCUCAAAACUUUCCUUUUCAAUCCACCUUUCUUGAGGUAUUCCCUCUCAAAGAAUAUCAAAAAUCCAACUUUAAAGGAUGGAAUCCUAUCAACAAAGAAUGUUAUCAAAGCUGGGAUCUCUUUUGUUGGGGGUGAUCAUUUGUGGCAGGAACUACAUCACCAAUUUAAUAAAUUGUCUCCUUGGAUCCCCUACCUGUUUGUGAACCAAGACGAUCCUCUUUGCUCAGGGUAUAUAGACCAUUUUAGAAAUAGGAAGAUCAAAGAUGAGAUACGUUCAAUAAGGAGUGCAAUAAAAGCUGCAUUUGUGAAGGAUCCACAACUACCCAUAUAUCUACUUCCUAAGGCAUAUCUAACUAUUAGCAAGAUCUCAUCCUCACCUCUUCAAGCUCAUGGACUAAAACAAUGGUGGUACCAAAUGUCUAUAGGGCCAGGCUUUGCAAAUUCAUCAACAAAGGUAUUGAUAGAUGAUGCCAUCCCCGUGGGUGAACCCUGAGCACAGAUGCCAAGUGAAAGGGUGCAACCUUUUACCUAGUCUAUUCAAGCUGUUGAAAUCUUUGAUUUUAUUGUCUCAUGCAUAAAUUUAGUUCUGCUCAUGUUAUGUGAACUAAUAAUUAGUGCAAUUUCAAACUUUUACUUUUCCUGCAA